UCCAUUUUAAUUCAUUCUCGUUUGUUGGGGGUGGUAUGUCAGUCGGUGACUUUCCUCUAUUUAUGUGCCGUUAUAUGCUUUCAACUCCAUGAUGUUUUCGCGAUACUUCGUGGGAGCGCGAGAGGCGCAAAUUACUGACGGGCGACGACGGCAGAUGGCGGUCUCGGAAAGGCGCCAACAGAAAAUUAAAAAUCUAUACGUAUCACGGCGCCGGUUGUGGCGGCUGUGUGGGGUAGAUGACGUCACGCUCGCCACCCCCGGGAGAAAUCAUCCCCGACGAAAGGAUGGCACUGACGGCAGCUUGCCCCCGUUCGAGCUGGACAGCGCCAGACGGUGCAUGAAACUAUUCCGGGUGUCGCUACGUCGUAGAGGAAGCGAGGAGGAGCGCGCGAGGCGAUUGACGUGAAGUGAGCGUCGCCGCCCUGAAGGUUGCCGCGGAGCGUGGACGGCGACAGCGAAGGUGACGGUGACGACUGAUUUACGACGGCCGGGGGUGCAACAAGCGUUCGUGCCGGGCAAACAUGAGCGAACCGAACCCGCGGCUGAUUGCGAGGCUCGACCUGUGCGUCGCGAAUCGCGCCGAGUUCGCUGGAACAGAUGUACGUCGGAAAGCAAAGGACAUGGCACACCUGUAGAUACGAAAUGCCGGACUAGCACGAGAAGCGAGCGACCGACCAGUAGAGGCAGAGCAAGCGAGAAGCAGAGCAAAGUAGUGACAAGAGGGUAGAAAGCAAAUACAUAGAGUGAGGGAGAAAAAGUGAACGAUAGAGAAAAAAAAACAGCAUCCCGUCGUUGAAAAUUUGCGUGGCGCAAAAUUAGCAGAGAGAAUGAGUCAUGCUCAGCAGCAUGUGCUUGCGAGCGCGAUAGUCCUCGCGGUGUUAGUGGUAUUCUGCAUCCACGUCUUCCUGUUUCCCAUGUACACGUCGACCCCGCCGGCACAUCACAUGAAGAUCUCCGCGUACGAGCAAGCACUCUGUCGUACGAAUCUGAAGAACAACAUCCGUAUACCGGCGUCAGAAUUGCGCAACAAUCCUUGUCCCAAAUAUGGCAUAGUCUCGGCAAUGCAAGGUGGUAGACUGGGUAACCAGAUCUGGGAGUACGUUUCUGUGUGGGCAACCGCCCGGAGAACCGGCCUAGAGCCAUUCAUGCCGCGUUGCAUUCUCAAGACCCUAGAAGAGCACUUUGAAAACCUCAGCAUCCCGCCACUCAGCUACAUCGGUAGAUGUACUCUAGAUGUUGGCCAGAUGGUUAAUUCGCUCAGUCAGUGGAAUAGUACGGAGCAAAAUAUCAUAAUACCUAGGCAUGCGGCUAACUGGUCUUUGAUACUGGUCUGGCUAGAUGACGUACGACGAGAAUUUACAUUUAAACCGAGUCUAAGGAUCUAUGCAGAGAAAGUAUUGAAACGCGUGGCGGAAAAAUUCAACUUGUCCUCGCCAACCUACGUCAGCGUACACGUACGCAGGACCGACUAUGUAGAUUACCUUUGGCAGAAGUUGAAAACGCGGCCGGCGCCGGUAAGUUACUACUUGUCGGCGAUGGAUUACUUCGCUGGCAAGUACAACAACGUAAUCUUCGUAAUAACGAGUGAUAAUAUCGCUUGGUGCAAGUAUAACUUGCGCAGCAAACGUCACCGAAUCAGCUUUGUAUCAGAAAAUGAUGGCAAAGGUCCGGGGAAAGAUCUGGCGGUCUUGUCCGCAUGCAAUCAUAGCAUAAUAGAUUACGGUACUUAUGGCUCCUUUGGAGCUAUUUUGGCCGCCGGCGAAACCGUAGUUUACAAUGUAACAACAUACUUUUCUACAUUGAUUGCUAACGUUCUACCAAAUUGGAGGAUAAUGAGUUGAACGAAAAAAAUCAAAUAAUCCGUAAA